AUGAUCACUAUCCCGCACAAAUUAUCUCCAAUCCAAUCAAAGGGUGUCAAGAGAUGGGCUCGUAGUGUUUGUCAAAUUGAAGCACUCGGCACUCAGUCCAAAUAUGAUAUGACCCAAGUCCAUUCGGUUGUCCGGAGACAUCUUCGAGUGUUGAUGUGUCGUGACUCAGAGGCAUCACCCGUUCCACCAUCCCUGUCCAAGCUUGAGCAAAAAGAGUUGAUGGAACGCUUCCAGCUUUAUGAUCCUCUUCCUCACGGCGAAUCUAUUCCAGUCCUUUCUGUUACCGACUUCGUGAAAACCGGCGUUCACAUGAGCCCCAACCAUUUUGAGGAUGUUGAAAUGGAGCUGAAGCGCUGGGGACUUCGUCGUUUCUCAUUCAAAUGGGAGGUUCCUUUGGAAGACCGUGUUAAUUAUCUGGCCCAAGAACUUUUCUGGAACUCAUUCUACAAAGCUAUAAAAACAGGCAUUACAGCUUUACAAUCAGCGAACACAUGCUCAGGCGAGCUAUCACCAUGCCACAGUAACGAAAUCCUCAACCAUCAUUACAUAAUAGCCAAAAAAAAGAAGGUCUUCAACGAAUACUUGUCUUACUUGGUCAAAACAGGCGUUUCGGAACCCUUGGCAUCAAUUUUCCAACCUCGUAAUUACUUGAUCAUGGGUGAUAUAGUUGAAUUCAAAUCCCUGACUAGGGUCUAUCCUGUUAGGGAGGUACAUUACGUGAUACCUCAGUGGUGGUCAAAGAAAAUGAUUUGCUUCAUCAGAUACAUCGAGGAACGUGUGGACUUUCACGCCAAGUCCCGCAAUAUGUUUGCCGUCAACCGCCGAUCUCCUUGCCAAUACGUCAAGAGCUUGUCAACAGAAUACGGUUUCAUACCUUGUCAUCUGCCUGCCGACCUCUACAGCAAUGAACUCAAGGACUCUUUGCCACUCGGUGAUCUAUGGGAUCUGAAAAUGAAACCUUCGGUAUUGCCCAAGAUUCAAAACAUGGCGUCCAUCUUUCCAAUCGAUGCCGGCGAUCUUGCCCAAAAUUCUUUAGACGGCAUCACCGACGAGCAUUACUCAAGUGACGACAACAUCUCCGAAGACGAGAUCUGGGACGAAGAUGACGAUGAUACUUUAGAAACCGCAACUGCUACCAACACUAGACUUGAAAAUAUUGAAAAUCGCUUGCAAUCUGAAAUAACCACUCUGCGAGGAGACUUUGAGAAAUCUUUCACGAUUUUCUCAAACUUCCAUAAUGAAUUGAACGGCGUAGUCCCCUUGCGCUUGGAGGAGUUGAGUAAAGCAAAGAACGACAUCAAAAUCCUCAAUGACAAGCUUGAGCUUUUGCAAGGACAGUUGGGAGAAACUCAAAACAAAGGCUUAUCAAAUGAUGCGAGCCUAAAUGAUGCACCUGACUCUAUAUCUGCCUUCCAAGCGGAAGUGUGA